CGUGACAGGUACUUCCUCUCGGGGCGGCGGCGGUGGCGGAAGUGGGAGCGGGGCCGGAGUCUUGGCCAUAAAGCCAGAGGCGGCGGCAGCGGCGGCGUUGGCGGCUGAGCGACAGCGCAGAGGAGUCCCCAGGAGCCGGGCUUUGGACUUCUCCGCCCCCUUGUCCUCCGUCGCGUCUCCUCCUCGGCGGGAGCCCUCCUCGGCGACGCGCCCCGGCCCCCGGAGCCCCCAGCGCAGCGGCCGCGUGUGAAGCAUGACCUCGAGGAAGAAAGUGCUGCUCAAGGUGAUCAUCCUGGGAGACUCGGGCGUUGGGAAGACGUCACUCAUGAACCAGUAUGUGAACAAGAAAUUCAGUAACCAGUACAAAGCCACGAUAGGGGCCGACUUCCUGACCAAGGAGGUGAUGGUGGACGACAGACUAGUCACCAUGCAGAUCUGGGACACUGCCGGACAGGAGCGGUUCCAGUCCUUGGGCGUGGCCUUCUACAGGGGCGCCGACUGCUGYGUCCUGGUCUUCGACGUGACGGCCCCCAACACCUUCAAAACCCUCGAUAGCUGGAGAGACGAGUUCCUCAUCCAGGCCAGCCCCCGGGACCCCGAAAACUUCCCCUUCGUCGUCCUGGGGAACAAGAUCGACCUCGAAAACAGACAAGUGGCCACGAAGCGCGCCCAGGCCUGGUGCUACAGCAAGAACAACAUCCCCUACUUCGAGACCAGUGCCAAGGAGGCCAUCAACGUGGAGCAGGCCUUCCAGACCAUCGCAAGGAACGCGCUCAAGCAGGAGACGGAGGUGGAGCUGUACAACGAAUUCCCGGAGCCCAUCAAGCUGGACAAGAACGACCGGGCCAAGCCCUCGGCCGAGACCUGCAGCUGCUGAGGGGGGCGGCGGGCGCCAGCUCAGAGCCCUCUCCCCAGGACACACAGGCCUUCACCCCCGAACAGCAGGGCCCUCUCCCCGCUGCCACCAGAGCCCACCCCGUCACCCCGACACACACACACACACACACACACACACACACACCAGCCCACCUCGGGGCGGCUCCUGGGGGGGCCCGCGGCCUCCCGUGAGCCCUCGCGGCAGCAGGACAGGCCCCCCACUCCGCCCUGGCCAGCGCCGCCCGGGAAGCUCCCCGAUGUCGCCCACUGGAGAGGGGCCUGUUUACAGUUGAUCUGUGUCUCAUGAGUCACCUGAUUUUUUUAAAGGUCSUGUGGUCCCCCACCCCC